AUGUUGUCAAUCGAAGCUCGUGCAUCGUUGCGCUUGACGGAUCGCAUUACGCGCAGCCGCCUGGAGCAGGUCUCGUCGAGGACGCGGCUGUCUGGUUCCUCGUCGACUGCAGGAGUAGCUUGGGCACAGCGACAACUCAGCACGGCCGUUCUGACACCAACACAGCGCAGCAGCAGCCGCAACCAUGCGCUUCCAACUCCUUCGUCAUCAGCGCCGUCCACUUCGAUCGCGAAGAAGCGAAACUUUACAACAGGACCACCGCGAUCAUCGCAACAGCCUUUCCAGUUCCUCACAGCAUACGCAUUCCAGGGCAAGCCGCGCAACUCGAACGACUUGCCGCAAGAAGGCGACUCUUCCUCCUCCUCUGCCGCUUCUGCCAACGAGGAGGACGGUGCAUCAACAGCGGCAGCAUCCGAAUCCUCUGCAAAGAAAGUGCAGAUCGGUUUCCCAGCAGACAGCGAAAUUGGCCGUUGGAGGGACGAGCUGUUGAGGGGCGGCGAGGCGGGAGAGGAUGCGCUCAUGUGCACUCGGAUGAGUGCCAGCGGAGAUGUGGCUAUCGGUGUUGCCGACGGUGUAGGUGGGUGGACGGAGAACGGUAUCGAUCCUUCGCUCUUUUCACAAGCAUUGAUGUUCUACGCGUCUCGGUCAGCAAGCCGGGCAUCGGCAGACCCGCAAGACGGAACUGUACCCAAUCGGAUUCUCGCCGAAUCGUUCGAGCAUGUGCUCAAGGAGCCUUUGGUCGUCGCCGGCAGCGCAACAGCCUGCAUUCUGACUCUCAAAUCAUCCGACGGCACACUUCGAUCGGCCAAUCUGGGCGACUCGGGCUUUGUUAUCCUCCGCCAGGGCACGGGCAAGCAAGGUGUAUUCUAUGCCAGCCCACCGCAGCAGCUGGGCUUCAACACGCCGCUCCAACUCGCCAAGUUGCCAAAGGAAUGGGCUCAAGAAGGAUCGAUUUCCAACACGCCCAAGGACGCCGCCGCGUGGGACUGCACAUUGCAGCAUGGCGAUCUCAUCAUUGUCGGCACUGAUGGACUGUUCGACAAUGUCGAUGCCAAGAUCGAGAUCCCACAAUUCGCCAAGUUCAUCAAGGAGAAACACCACGCCUCGUACGCUACUCGUCAUCCGGCGGCCGCAGAAGGAGCAGGCGACAAGCACGACAGCUUGGCGGAGGAUCGAGAGUUUGUGCAAGUGCUCGCGACAAACCUGGUAGAGUAUGCCAAGAUCUGCCAGAACUCGACGACCAAGCAGAGUCCGUUCGAGAGGGAGGCAGCGAGGUACGGCAUUCACUUCCCUGGUGGUAAGGUGGAUGAUGUUGCGUUGGUGUGCUGCCUGGUCAUUGAGCAGUAG